AUGGACAUGCAUCGUCUGGAACGCACAAUUUUCUCUGGUGCAAAGAAUACUGGUUGGUACAAACAACAGCACGCCUUCAAAUUUUAUAGAAGUGCUCUAAGAUUUGGCACACUCACCAUCGCACUUUUUGAUAUAACUCCGCAAGGUCGGAUUAUCACCACUUUGGUUGCUGCGCCAGCUACGGAGACGUUGCCUAAGGAUCCACGCACAAACUGCGACCAAAACAAUAUUGAAACAAGAGUCGGGAUGUUUUAUGUCUUGCGGAUACCUCUAAAAGACCAGCUCAAUGAAGCUGCAGCUGUACCAUUCUUUUGCGAACGCCAUUGCUCUGCACGACGAUAUGUGUAG